AUGAUUUUACAUUGUAUUCAGUCUAAGUUGCUUGCAAUCACUUUGAGUUUGAUUACAAUAUCUAUCUAUCUAUCUAUCUAUCUAUCUAUCUAUCUAUCUAUCUAUCUCUGUUACCCUCUCUCUCUUAUUUUCUUUAUUUCUUUGAAAUUUGUUUCUUUCUUUCAAUUUUUUUUAAAAUCCUUUUUGAAUAUUCUGCCUUCAUUUUUCUUUCUUUCUUUUACUUUUUGGAAAGAUUUUCUAUCAAUUAUUUUUUGUUUAUUGUUUUCAUUCUUUUAUCUUUGCUUCUUUCUCUCUUUGAAACUUUUUUUUUCCUCUCGAUUAUUUUUAAAAUCUAUUUUUCAUUUUUUUACCUUUUUUUUUCUUUGUUUUAUAGUUUUACUCUCUAUUAGUGUUUUAUUUUUCAGUCUGUUUCCUUUACAUUUUUAUUUUUUAUUUUCUUUUUUUCUUUUUUCUUUGUUUCUUUCUUUCUGUUUUCUUUCUUUUUUUUUUCUUUCUUUUUUCUUUCUUUAUUUCUUUCUUUUUUCUAUCUUUCUUUUUUCUUUCUUUCUGUUUUCUUUCUUUCUGUUUUCUUUCUUUUUUCUAUCUUUCUUUUUUCUUUCAUUCUGUUUUCUUUCUUUCUUUCUUUUUUCUUUCUUUCUUUUUUCUUUCUUUUUUCUAUCUUUCUUUUUUUCUUUCUUUCUGUUUUCUUUCUUUUUUCUUUUUUCUAUCUUUCUUUUUUUUUUCUUUCUUUCUGUUUUCUUUCUUUUCUUUUUUCUAUCUUUCUUUUUUUUCUUUCUUUUUUUUUCUUUCUUUUUUUUUCUUUCUUUCUUUCUUUUUUCUUUCUUUCUUUUUUUUUUUUAUUUAUUUUCUUUUUUUCUUUCUUUCUUUUUUCUAUCUUUCUUUUUUCUUUCUUUCUGUUUUCUUUCUUUCUGUUUUCUUUCUUUUUUCUUUUUUCUUAUUUCUUUUUUCUUUCAUUCUGUUUUCUUUCUUUCUUUCUUUUUCUUUCUUUCUUUCUUUUUCUUUCUUUCUUUUUUCUUUCUUUUUUUCUUUCUUUCUGUUUUCUUUCUUUUUUCUUUUUUCUAUCUUUCUUUUUUCUUUCUUUCUUUCUUUUUUCUUUCUUUCUUUUUUCUUUCUUUAUUUCUUUCUUUCUUUUUUCUAUCUUUCUUUUUUCUUUCUUUCUUUCUUUUUUUUCUUUCUUUCUGUUUUCUUUCUUUUUUCUUUUUUCUAUCUUUCUUUUUUCUAUCUUUCUUUUUUCUUUCUUUCUUUAUUUCUUUCUUUUUUCUUUCUUUCUUUUUCUAUCUUUCUUUUUUCUUUCUUUUUUUCUUUCUUUCUGUUUUCUUUCUUUUUUCUUUUUUCUAUCUUUCUUUUUUCUUUCUUUUUUCUUUCUUUCUUUUUUCUUUCUUUAUUUCUUUCUUUCUUUUUUCUAUCUUUCUUUUUUCUUUCUUUCUUUCUUUUUUUUUCUUUCUUUCUGUUUUCUUUCUUUUUUCUUUUUUCUAUCUUUCUUUUUUCUUUCUUUCUUUUUUCUUUCUUUCUUUCUUUUUUCUUUCUUUCUUUUUUCUUUCUUUUUUCUUUCUUUCUUUUUCUAUCUUUCUUUUUUCUUUCUUUUUUUCUUUCUUUCUGUUUUCUUUCUUUCUUUUUUCUUUCUUUCUGUUUUCUUUCUUUUUUCUAUCUUCCAUGUUUCUUUCUCCUAUUAUUUCCUUUGAAGAGACAGAGCAAUUAAUAAAAUUGGUUGGAAGGAAAGAAGGAACAAAGGAAAGAAUAAAGGAAUCUUUUAAUCUUUUAUCAUAUUCCUUAUUUUCUUUGUUUCCUAUUUCUAUUGUCGUUUUUUUUCUUCCUUCCCUAAUUCUUUAUUUCCUUACAUUCUUUACUCGUUCAGAUUUUAUUUUCAAAAAUUUCUUUCAUUUCUUCUCUCUUUUCACUCCUCAAGAAUUACUUAAUUCCAUUGUUAUUUUCAUUUUUCACUGUGUUUUCUUUUCACUACAUUUGAUCUGCUAUAUCUCUCCGUCAUUCUUUCUUCCUCCCGUUCUUUUUCAUUCCUUCCUUUUCUUUUUAACUGCGUCUUUUUCUUUUUCUUUUCUGUUUUUAUUCCCUUUCCUUUUCUCUUCUCUUCUAAUAUACCUCCAAAAUUUUUGUGACAUUUUUUUUUGUUGUACGUUUUAUAUUUUUUUCUGUUUUCAUUCUCUUCGAAUCCCAACUGAGCUUGUUUGUAUUUUUUCAUUUCUUCUUCCCAACCUUCAUUCAUUUUCUUCAUUUCUUUCUGAUUUCUUCAUUUUCUAUCUUCCUUCUGUUCAUCCUUCCUUCAUUUUUUUCUUUUCUUUCUUCUUCUUCUUUUCCUCAUUUCAUUCUCCCUUCUUCCCCACUUUUUUUUUGAAAAUUUUCUUUCUUUUUCUUUCUUUCACAAUCUACUUUCACUGA